UGUGUACCCAAAACUCGCCAUCUGAGCGCCCAUUCGUCCCAAAAACCGCAACAAGGCGACUGUUUUGUCAGUGUGGAAGCCAGCCCUGAACAUCUCUUCCACGCUCCGACGAAAAGGCAACAGGUCCCACCCAGUGCGGAAAGCGGCACAAAAGGGAAACGUCACUUGAAAAAUGGGGAACUGCUGCUCCUCCGAGGCCUCGGCCGUCGUGGCGCGUCGCUCAGGCGCCGACAAGGACGAGGUGCAUUCCGUGCCCUUCGCCGCUCUCCCUUCGCCCCACAAAUACGCGGAAACGGAGGACACGGAGCCGCGUAUUAAAGACGAGGAGCCUGCGUCUUCACCGUCUCCAUCGUCGCCUUCCUCGCCCUCCCAGGCGCCCGAGGAGCCGGAAGACGACUUUGUACCGCAACAUAGACCCAGUAACAAGCACUUGGAGAACACCCACCACGUCAAGAUCGGGGACUACAACCUCCGCUACUCGUACUACUCGAAACGCGGCUACUAUCCCGAAGCGCGGAAGAAGGCGAACCAGGACAGCUAUUACUGCGAGACGCACUUCGCUGGAGACGACCAGAAGGCUUUUUUCGCAGUCUUUGACGGCCACGGCCAAUAUGGAGACAUUUGCUCGCAGUUUGCGGCCGAACAAUUGCCCGAAAACAUUAUCAAGAACCUGGAGGAGAAUAUGAGCACUCUACCAGCCCUCACACGAGCCCAUGUGCAGACCAACCGAGCCAUGCACGAGGCCAGCUUCGACGACUCCAUGAGUGGCACUACGUCCAUCUCCGUGCUCUUCUGUGGCAACGAAAUCCACGUCUCUAACGUCGGAGACUCGCGAGCUAUUAUCGCCCAGGAGAACUUGAAGGCCUCAACUCGAGCAGGCGAGGCCAACCUCGUAGCCAAGCCACUGUCCAUUGACCAGACGCCCUUCCGAAAGGACGAGAGGGUGAGAGUUAAGAAGUGUGGAGCUCGUAUCUUGACGGUGGACCAAGUGGAAGGACUCGAGCCUAUUCACGAGAACUGGGGACUAUCGCUAGGCGACGAGAUCGACGAGAACGGAGACCCUCCGCGUAUCUGGCAUCCUUAUGGACAGUAUCCCGGUACUGCAUUCACGCGCAGCAUUGGAGACUUGGUGUCGGAGGAGUUGGGGGUGACGGCUGAGCCUGAAAUUCUUUGCAAGGGCUUGAACCCGCACGAUAAGUUCAUCAUUAUUGCGAGUGACGGUGUGUUCGAGUUCCUUACGAGUCAGAACGUCGUCGACAUAGUCAAGCAGUACGAGAACCCGUCCGAGGCGUGUCACGCUCUGGUAGAAGAGGCAUACAACCGCUGGCUGCAGUUUGAAGUGCGUACGGACGAUAUCACGGCGAUCUGCAUCUUCCUUGACGGUGUUACUCCAGCGAAGGAGCGUGAUGGUCCUCGUGGCAGUAUCUAUGUUGGUGGAGAGGUGCUGGAUCUGCAGUCGAUGCAGAGACCUGUGCGUGGCAUCACGAAGAACCAUGCUCGAAGGAACACGAUCGUUGGAACAGACGCGAUCCGUUUGUCGCUAGCAGAAGCUUUUAUGGAUGACGAGCCUGGACUACCGGAUUUGGUCGACGCUGAGGGAAAGUCGGAGGAAGAAGAGCAGUGGAUAAAGAAGGCUGUUCAAGGCAGCUUCCUGUUUAACCAUCUGAGCGACCAAAAGAUUCACGAGGUGAUUUCUGUACUGAAGAAGCUCGAGUUUAAUGCCGGUGACAUUGUGAUGCGUCAAGGAGUCCCUGGCGAUACGUUCUACUUGGUGGAGACGGGCGAAUUUGAGGCUCGUCACGUGAAGGACGAGACUCGGGAGGUAUCUCCAGAGCAUGAUUUGUCCCCAGAAGCUUAUGGCGAGGUGGUUCAGGUGUACAAAGCUAGCGACGACUCUCAUCCAACUUUCGGUGAGCUGGCGCUUAUCUACCCGAAGCCGCGUGUCAACACUGUUAUUACGAAGGAAAAGGGAACGCUGUGGGCGCUGGAUCGGAUUGCUUUCCGCUCGAUCUUAAUGCGCGGCCGACCUCUACGCGAUGUUGUGCGUCGACUGCGCCAGAUCAGCCUGCUGCGUCCGUUGACUGUGGCGCAGACCAAUUUGGUUGCAGAAGAGAUGCGUACUGUGGUCUUCGAACCAAACCAAGUUGUUCUCCACGAAGGAAUGGCAGAGCCGGGCUUCUUCCUGAUCACCAGUGGUCGCAUCGAAUCGACCUCGAAGAUGGACAAUGUGGUGCCUCUGGAGCUCAAGACAUUCGACUACUUUGGUGAAAUCGCACUUGUUCGAAGACGAUCGAUCAGCCAACGCACCAUACGAGCGAUCGAGCGGACCGAGUGCCUUUUCAUAAGGAAAGAUGCACUGGAACUGGCUGUCGGCAAGCUGUCUUCCAUUCUGGAAAAGGACAAGCUUCGUCGUGCACGCAAGACGCGGAUCUCGGAGGCACGAAAGGAGGCGAAGGCGAACACGUUCGUCCAGUUCGACAACGAAACGAAAACCGAGAUGCCCAAGUCCAUCAACGACGUUGAGGUUGUCGGCAGCGUCAUGUGCGAUCCCACCAACACUGUUCGUCUGGUUGAAGUCAAAGGCUCGUCGCCUUCAGUCUACUUGACUCUGCGUUCAGUGAGCAAGCAGGCGAUCGUGGAUGCUGGUAUGCAGAAACACGUCAGCGGCGAACGUGACAUCUACGUCUCUCUUUACGAGAAGAACGCUAUUGUGCCACAGCUCUUCGGAAUGAACUCGAAUGACUCGGACAUUCACAUGCUGUAUAACACACAAAUCGUGGGCACUCUGGAGAGCUUCUUGGAUGGCGAACCGCAUGGCGAGUCCUUCGUUCGAUACUACGCCGCACAAAUCGUGAUGGCACUCGAGUUCAUGCACUCGGAGGGCGUUGUUUCGCGAACGGUUGACCCCACAAACCUCAUGGUAGACCGCAGCGGAAACCUUCGCAUGAUUAACCUGAGACUUUCCAAGUACGUUGGUCGUGGGCGGACCUACACUGUCUGUGGUACCCCCGAGUACCUCGCCCCGGAGCAGAUUACUGGCGAAGGUCACAAUAUUGCUGCGGAUUACUGGGCACUGGGUGUGCUCAUGUACGAAAUGCUCACUGGUGCAACGCCAUUCACUCGGGAAAACGAGAACGACUUGGAGAUUCUGAACGACAUUGCAUCUUUCCGUCCGGACCAACUGUCCUGGCCUGAAAACACAAGUACCGAGCUGAAGGAUAUCAUUGAAAGGCUGUUAAGUCCGGAUCCCGCACAGCGUCUCGGAUACUCGGAAGUCCGCGCCGGUGCCUGCGAACCGAUCAAGAAACACGCCUUCUUCGCUGGAACCUCAUGGGAAGCCACUAAGAUGGGCUCGUUCUCGGCACCACUCGAGCCGGAAGCUGCAUCAGAGUUCAAGCAGAUUGCAGCGAGUGGAAGUCAAGAAGACAUGAACAUCGGCAGCGUCUAUACGGGCGACGCCGACUGGCUCGCCGGAUUCUAGACUUGUAAAAAUUUUGCCGCCCGUUGAAGAGCAGCGCCAACCAAAAAUUGAAGUAUUUUCUUUUUGCUACGAAGUACUUCUCUUAACUAAAAACCGACAUUUUUCUUAUUCGCUGUGAUCUUUUCGCGAUGGAAAUGCAAGUUCCGUGAUUUCCAUGUCGCCAAAACACACAGUGCACUCUCGCA